CUCCAACAUCUGCCAGCCGCAGAGUGAGCGUAGAAAAUGGUUUUUCCUUUUGCUUUCUGGCAGAGCGAAGCUUUUCCGGUUAAUGUUAUGUUGCCUGUGGUUUCGUAUAUAAGCUCUGGCUGCCAUCGAUGGUCAUGUCAGUUGUGGAUUCGCACUUAACCCACUAGUUAACCCAAACGGAGCGUUCCAAGCGAUGAAAGCCUUUGUGUGUCUCUUGCUCAUUGGAGCGGCCAGUGUGACGGCCAAACCGAAGCCCGGUGGAGGAGGCGGUUGGUCCUCUGGAGGUGGUGGAGGCGGAGGCGGUGGCUGGUCCUCGGGAGGAGGAGGUGGCGGUCAUGGAGGUGGAGGCGGUGGAGGAGAUGUACAGAUCAUUAAAGUGAUCACGGAGAGUGGUGGCGGCGGCGGAGGUGGCGGAUGGUCAUCUGGCGGAGGAGGAGGAGGAGGAGGCGGCUGGUCAUCUGGCGGAGGAGGAGGAGGCGGCUGGUCAUCUGGCGGUGGAGGUGGUGGCCACGGAGGUGGAGGAGGCGGUGGUGAUGUGAAGCUUAUCAAGGUCAUUAGUCUCGGAUCCGGAGGCGGUGGAGGAGGCCAUGGCGGAGGAGGAGGCGGCUGGUCUUCCGGCGGAGGAGGAGGAGGCGGCUGGUCAUCUGGCGGAGGAGGUGGUGGUCACGGAGGCGGUGGCGGAGGAGGCACCAAGGUCAUCAAGAUAAUCAAGCUGAGCUCUGGAGGCGGCGGUGGUGGAGGCCAUGGAGGCGGUGGUGGCGGAGGCUGGUCUUCUGGAGGAGGCGGCGGUGGCGGUGGCUGGCAGCCUGCUGGAGGUUGGGCCUAAUACUAGCCGACAAUCCUAGGAAGCCAUUGAGGCAAUUCACAUCACCCUUUGUAAAUACUGCGAUGGCGGAGCUCUAAUGCGGACCUUUAUAACAAAUGGAAUCGGCUAUAAAAUAUUUAAAAGGACCCCGCUUCCUGAUCGGAGAAGGACCUUUGUCACGCAGAUCGAUAGAUUUAUGUUUGUAAAAUAAUAUGUCCUAAAAUGUAAAAACGUUUCAAUAAAAUAAAAUUAUU